AUGGAAGAUCACAAUCCGCACCUCAGUUCAAACCCCCUUCAGUGUCCCCCGCCUGUAACGCCUCUACACCAACUAUCACCCGAGCGUAUGAACCAGCAACGAAUUCCUCAGUCACCCUCCCUACACAGCUAUCUCGUUGACCAUGACCGUCCACGCACGCGCGACUCUAUCACAUCCGACGUCCAGACGAAAGUUGCAUUCCUGAACAGCCUAGCGAAUGGCAGCACCCAAUCCUCGCCGACCCGCCCCAGAAGAGCCGCUGCACCUUCAGAAAAUGGCCUGUCACCCAUCAAGAGCGAUGCUAACGGCAGCAAUGCAGCUUUCCAGCGAGCCAUAAUGGGCUACGAAGAAGCCCAAGCGAGCCUCGCAACUUUAUCCGCCGAACUCGAGCGCGCCAAAGAAGAACUCGCCUCCCGCAAGAAGCGCGAACGAGUGCUCUCCCAACGCGUCGAAGACCUACUCGAAGAACUCCAAGCCGAUAAGGAGAAGCGAGUCCGCGAUCAAGAGUCAUACACCAAGGAAAUCAAGCGCUGCCGAAAAGAAACAUACCGGGCUGAGUUGGCUGUUGUGGAAGCUAGACAGGACCUUCAGGAAACGAGGGCAGAGCUAAAGAAAUGCCAGGCAGAAGUCCAGCAUGAGAGGAGUGAAAAAGAGAAAUCCAGGCAGGAGAGUUUUGAGAGGGCGUAUGCACUCGCUGGGACGGUAGGAGAAUUAGAGCAGGUCAAAGACCGAUUGAAGGUGGUCGAGAGGGAGAGGGAUGCUGUGCUCGUGGAAGCCAAACAGAACGCUAUUGAGAAGAGCACCGCCGUCGAGAGGGGAAUGCAGACCGUUCCCGUGGCAGAGACUGACCCGAAACAGAACGAGGCAGAGGACGAUAGAUCCGAGUCGGUCAUGGCGGUAAGAGAGGCAAUCAAGAGUCAAUGGGCGCAUCACGCACACAGCGUAAGUGAUAACCGGCCUGUAUCUUCUCAAAGUACAGCAUCGGGGAGCCGCAUUACGACUGAGAGACCGCCACGGCUGCGCGCACCAAAGGUCCCGGACUUCUCCUCUGUGAUAUCGCAUCUGAAUUACUUCAGUAAGCAGUCGGAAGGCGACAAGAUGGCGCCGGAAGAGGAGAUUCAAUUCUUGAAACAAGAACUCACCUGGGCAAAGCGGAAGCAUACCGAAGAUGCCGACUUGAUCCAUCUCAUGCACAUGCAGUGCCAAUUCAAAUCUUGCCCUUGCCGGCUGGCAGAAUCGAAUGGUGAGAGAUUUGUUCAUGACGCGGUUUAUGAUGCAAAGAUGCAGCAGCAACAAGUUUCGAAGAAGAGGAAGAUCUCGAAGGAAGAAGAUGAGGUUGUGCUCAAGAAAAGCGCGUCCAAGGACAUACCCAAAGCACAAUCGCUCGCGUCGAAAAUGCCUGAGACAGCGAGACUUCCUCCAGAACCGACCCCCGAGCUGGCUAAUCGAACUUUGGAAUCGCCUUUGGUCCUCGAACAGGCUAUGGAAGUCCCCCUUCCUGAGCCCGAACCGAUGGAAUUGGACUCGAGCAAUAUUACACCCGAGCCGACCGCUCAACUGGAGGAGAUCACACAAGUCCUGGUCGAGCCGGCCACAGGCUCGAAACCCUUCGCCUUCUCAACUUCAACCACAAGCAACGCCGACCUGAGAGCUAUGGCUCCACCUCUGCGGCACACAGAGAGUGCCUCAGCUGCUCUCGAAGCAGAUCUGUUCGACCUAUCACCCCCGAAACAGCUUCCGCCCAGACGUCCUUCUACUGCGAUGGGUAUUUUGAGCGCAAACUCGCCCAUACGUUUGGUUCCAGAAUCACCUCGGUCGGCCAGAUCUUCUCGCGAUAGCAUUCGAUCUGCCGCCAGAGGUCGAACCCAGGCCACACCUAAACCAUCAUCGACAACAACCGUCACCAAGGUCGCGCUCAAGGACUCGCCACCACGGACAAGCUUGCACAGACGAGCUCAAUCAAAACCUAAUCUUCGAAGUCACUCACCCUUGGUGACCUCAACAGUGAUGUCUCACCACAAUGAAUCUGACACGCAAUCUGCAUUCGUCAAGGACACGUCUGCGUCGCCGGCGGCAAGCACCGUCUUUCCCAUGACACCGGUACACAAGCACUCAAGAUCCAUGCAUACUCUAGCGCAGGUGCAGCCAACCGGCACCGAAUGUGAACCGACAAGCCCACCUGAAGCCAUCGCCACAACCACGACGACGAGAGUACCCCUCCGCGGUGACCCAGAAGCAGACGACGUGUUCGAACCGGACCACCGUCCCCAAUCAACCCUGCACGAGCAUGCUCAAACCGAAGUCCUCAACAUCUGCACCGACAAUAUUCCCUCAUCAACCAUCACCUAUCCCCAGUCGGCAUCCCGACCGACAUUUGUCGCCUCGUCCUCCCAAGCAAUGCUCACCAACGUCCCUGGCACGCCCAUCAGCCGCGAAGUCGCGCUUGCGCAGAUCCGCGCACGACGAGACCGAGCCCGAAGUGUCAACUUGAAGAGAUCGCUCGAAAGCGGCGCUGUAGGAAAGGAAAACACCGGAGGGAGAAGUCCGACCAAGGGGAGACCUGUCGUCAUCAACGGGAUGGGCAAGGAGAAUGCAGGCCUCGGUGGUGUCAGGACGGUGAGGGAGAUCAGCCAAGCGAGUGCUCCGGGGAGGUUUGCUUUUUGA